AUGCCCCUGCCUCCCCUGCUCCCGCGCCUUUCCCCCACGCCGCCUCCACUUCGCGCCGGGGACAGGGGUAACGCCGCCCUGCUCUCUCCGGGAAGAAGAAGAAGGCCGGCGCUUCUCGCCGUCGUCCGGGCCAAGAGAAAGGACGAGGCAAGCUUCACCGACCGCAUCCUCGACUACAUCGAGGGGGGGCCAAAGUUAAGGAGAUGGUAUGGAGCACCCGAUUUGCUUCCAAAGGAUGGGGGUGCCGAGGAUGAGGAGGAUGAGUCUCAAGUAGAUAUUGAGGAGCCUCGGGAUGCUAUGCUAGUCACUAAUGGCGACAGUGAGGUUGGACAGAUGGUGAUAUUAGCACUAAUUCUGAAAAGGGCUAGAACAAAAGCACUUGUUAAGGAUAAACGAACCACUGAAGAAGCUUUUGGAACUUAUGUGGAGUGCAUGGUUGGCGAUAUGGAAGAUAAGUCCUUCACAAAGAAAGCACUAAGCGGCGUUCGUGCUGUAAUUUGUCCAGCUGAUGAUGGUUUCUUCUCUGAACUGACCGACCUCAAGGGUGUUCAACACAUUGUUCUGCUAUCACAGUUGGCUGUCUACAGAAAUAGUGGUGGUUUGCAAGCUAUUAUGAACAGCAAGCUGAAGAAGCUAGCAGAGAGGGAUGAAGAAGUAGUUCUUGCAUCUGGCAUCCCAUGUACAAUAAUAAGAACUGGUUCUCUGCAAAGCACCCCUGGUGGCGAGAGAGGUUUCGAUUUUACUGAGGGCAUAGCAACCAAGGGAAGAAUAAGCAAAGAGGAUGCUGCUACCAUAUGUGUGGAAGCUCUGGAUAGUAUUCCCCGAAAGACACUCAUUUUUGAGGUUGCAAAUGGUGAUGAGAAGGUGAGAGACUGGAAAGCAUGGUUUGCAGAGCAGAUCAAAAGAGAAGAAGAGAUACAGUAA